CCACCUUUGUGGACCCGUAUUAGCCCCCCUGUCGCCUCUUUGUGUGGAGUUUAUUAAAACGUCGGCCGCGAUUGUCAGGGCCUACUAAACGGUCCUCCCUGGUUCAAUAUUACCGGUCUAUUUGCCGUCAAACGGGCGUGAAGUGGUCAAACAAGGCGGUAAUUUGUUAGGGUUGUGUACGGGCGCUACGGUGCCCUCCCUUGUCCUGUUCGCCCUCCGCUGUGGCCCCGCCUAGCUCAGUGUUUAAUUGGUUUGUGUGUGUGCUUGUGUGUGUAUGUGACAAGACUAACGGAACACAAACACCGCCAUUCGUGUGGAGUCCCGUGUUUGCUAGCCCUGUUUAUUGAUCGGCAUGGCGUCGCACGGAACGGUUCGCCCUGCUGGCCGGAGUCGUGUGCACAGCUGCCCGGGGUAAGCUCUCCAGUCGUACGGUGGGAUCUAACGAGCCAUACUGAUACCCCCCUCCCUCACCAUACUACCUAAUGAUGAGUGACUUAAAGAGAGUGUCUCAGGUGCUUGAGAGCCGAGCGGAGCGAAGCCCGCAGCCUGGCUUGCCGGGCAUCCAGAAGAGGGGGUCUACAGGGUCAUCGCGGGCGGUCAGCUUCAGUUUGGGCCCGCCUAGCUCGCGUAGGGGUACACAGACCAGUCUACGAUCCAGGCUACGCUCGUACGACGAGUCCCGCGUCAACUUGGACUUGUCCACCCGCAUUACAGCAGGCGGAGUCAGGAAAUAUUCCCAGGAACCUGUCAGAGCGAGCGCGGCGAAGGGUGCCGGUGGUGGGGCGGCGAAGAAGUACUCAGUCCCCGCGUCCUACCGAAGAUACACCGCCCCGAGUCAGCCAAAGACACGGUUACCCUCCACCUCCAUAGGAUUACUACAGCGGUACGGACACUACGAUCUGUCAGACUAUGUGGGUAUGCUACGCUACUUAAGAAUUAACAGCGCUAAAAGAAGGAAAUUCUUGAAGAAACACCGUCUUCCCUCCGCCACGGAGUUCUACCCGGAAGGAGAAGCUCCUCCGGAGGAGUCCGGAGAAUCGGAGGAGGAGGAGGAGAGAGGAGAAGUUUUACAGGUAGAAGACGUCAGAGUCAAGAAACCACAAGUCAGGAAAAGAAACAGACAAAAGCCGCUAGCUCGGUUCAGAAGAAUAACCAGAACAGUCGUCAUGCUGUCUAAGGCUGUCACCACAGAAAGUGAAGAAGACGAGAAGCAGAAGAAGCCGAACAUGAAGUCGUUUGCAGAGUUCCAGUAUGAGAUAGAGAGCAUGAUGAACAAGUCUGGACCGGCUUUCGACCCGAGCUACUACAAGGCUAGGAAAGAGGUGUUUGUGAGUGACGAGGCGAAGGCGAUCUUGAGACUGGCGCCGGAGGACCGAACAGAGGAACAGAUUCAGCUGGCACUGAAGUCUGUCCGCAGCGCGGUGGACGUGUUCUCGGAGUUCCCCAUCAAAAUGCAGGAGUCUCUCAUCAGGGUCGGCUGGUACGAAUGUUUCGACCCGAAGCGCGUGAUCAUCCGCCAGGGUCACAUCGCUGAGAAUUUCUACUUCAUCCUGUCCGGCACGGCCGUGGUGACGGUCAUCUCUCGGGACGAGGACACGGGAGAACCCAGUCUCAAGACGGUGGCUUUUCUUAAGAAGGGGAACAGCUUUGGGGAGUUGGCCCUGAUGCACCAGUCCAAACGGAACGCCUCUGUCAUCUGUAAGGACACCGUCUCACUGCUGGCUGUGGGCAGGGAGGAUUUUGUCAGCAUCUUCAUGCACGGCACCGGCAAACCCGACGGCCGGGAGCCAGAACACGUGCGCUUCUUGCGGAAGGUGCCAGAACUGCAGGGCUGGCCUGUGGACAAGCUGCCCCAGCACAACCCAGACGUGUGCCUGUACACUUUCUUCAGGCGGGGUCUCGUCAUCUGCAAGGACAGCAGUAUGGCGGACAAGAUAUACGUCGUAGUAACGGGCCGUUGCCGAGUCUUGAAGUCCCUGCGACCGACCACUCCACAGUUUUCAUCAAGAAGGAGAAGAAAUGUACCAACAGACUUUUCAGAGGGUGGAAAAAUGAGCGAUCGGAAACUGAGUGUCAGUAUGUAUGUUGAAACAAAGCCAUGCUUGGUACAUUUUUUUUCGUCCCCUCCCAUAGGUCCUUCCCUCAGCCCACGGUCCGUUGCCUCCUCUGCAUCAGACGACUCCGAGGAAACAGCGCCGGCCUCCUCAUCGAGCCGCUCCAGCGACCCCCUACGGGCGUACACGUACCCUGGCCCCGCCCGGAGACGGCAGACCCGCUCGGCGACCAGGCCCCGCACAGACAGCCCCGGCCUGCCGCCCAUCUAUAUGAAAACUCCCAUGACAGGUCUACCAGAAGACGCUUCGUCGCACAAACAGCAGCUUGAAGAACUCUUUAAUGAGAGACUAACGAUAUCGCAAGCCAAGAGGCGAUCCGUGCUUCCUGCGUCAGAACGGACGACCCCUGACCUCUCACACCAGGACGAUACCAUCUCCGACUCUUCGGGGGACAGUGAAGUGUUCAUCCAAGUGCAAACACUAAAGGAAGGCGACGUCUUUGGCCUAGUAAACGUGGUGUUCAGCCCUGCGGAGGGGGGUACCGGGAUGAGUCUGGUGUCAGACGGCGCGGAGUGCAUCCUCAUCUCACGGAAGUUCUUCGAGAAGCAUCUUGACCUUGACAUCCGCAGAAAGAUUAGGAGCACGAUCCAGCCGUACCCAUCCGAGCGGAGCCUCCAGCAGAAGCUUCAGGACAAAGUCAACUGGGAGGAGUUCAAAACCCGGACUGUGCAGGACCUGGUCGCCAGUAAAGAGCUUGUGUCCUUCAUGCAGAACCCCGUCCACUCAUAGCAGCAGCACUGGUCUCACGGCUACACUGUGCAACAACGCCCUCUAGCAGUCAUGUUUCUUGUAUAUAUGAUCUAGAAAUGUACAUUUGUUGUCAUAUGUGUUUAAACUUUAAAGGAUAGAAAUAUAAGACUGUACAUAUUCAUUCCAUAUCCAAAAGAGUAUACCUUGAACUUUCUGGCCAUAUAUAAAGUCAUACAUGGAUGACUACUAGAAGGUGUACAUAUUAAAAAUUGUUUAAACUAAAUGUCAAAUUUUUGUAUAUAUAUAUCAAUUUUGACGGAAAAUUUGUAUUGGUGUAUAUAUAUUCUAUGUAAAUAUACUUAUGUAGUCCAAAUGACCAAGUGGUCAUACUAAACAUAACAAUGUUGUUUUCAUUUAAAUCAAAGUAUUUUUGUACUUGAAAUUUCCAGUCAAAUCAUGAUUAAACUGUAAAGCUAAAUGGUUUAAAGCACCAAA